AUGUUGCAGAGGGGCCACCAGGCCACCAAGGGCACCGUUGAAAGGAAGAAAGACACCGUCACUCCCUGGCCCUUCUUGGACAAAUCUCUGGACAAAGAGAGUGCCUGGACGCCUUCAUCGUCGCCUUGA